GAUGGGGGAGUUUGAUUUCCUAACUGGUCACUUUUAUGACUUGGACACUCCAGUUCUCUCUUUGAUCUUGUUGUGCCUCUGUCCUGAGGGGCUGCCCAACAAUUGCUCAUUGAUUGGAAAGAAACCAGUGUGACUUUACACCCCUCUAUGUGCCCUUUGGUCUAAAAGGCAGGUCUCUUCUUUACUAAAGGUUAAUUGUUUGUAAACUUAUUAUCAAAACCAAAGAAAUUGCAUAGAGGAAGGAUGAUGCAUCUUGUAUUUCUGAGAGAAAGGUCCCUUGUUUGACCAAACAAUUGUACAAAGCCCCCUGACUUGACUUCCCUAGCCUGAGUAAGAUGGCCUCUCUGCAGUGAUUUCUGACAGUUGAUUGGCUUGGUGUUUACCCAGCAGUGGUCACACAGGCUAUACAGCUCCCUAAAUUCUGAGAAUAUACAGACUCAGUGGGACAGAAUUCAGCUUGAUUGAGACCAGAACAGCUUCUUGGAGGGAUUAUUUUGACAGGGGGACCUCCUGCCCCCAUACCAUACCAGCUGACUGUGCACACAUAUUUAUAAAGUUGUCUUCAAGCAUAAGAUUGUCAUAUGAGUCUGGGAUACUGUCCUUCUAAGAACAAGGAUGGUUCUAUCACCUUUCCAGAAGAAGUGUUAUGGAAUAGAUAUGGAUGUAUUCUUCACAGACUUCUUGUGUGAUCACUCAUACGAGAUGUCGACCCCUGCAGUCCGCCGACGUCACACUGACGCGGACAAGUUGGUGAACAGACUCAAAAACUCCAUGCCAGACAAGUUCAGGAUCAUGGUUCAAAUGCAUUUAUCUUUCAUCCUGGAUCUCGACGGAACAAAAUUAGAGGAAAUGUUCACUGAACCAGAAAAAGUGGAAGCAGUUCCAAAAAAGAAAAGUGCAACUCCAUUCUCCAAAAAGAAAGAAAAACACAACUCGGUCCUGUUUGGGGCUCCACUAAGCAAUGAGAACGUGGCCCGCAUCUACCCUCUGAUUGAGUUCCUCAGCCGUCCUGAAAAUUUGAAGACAGAGGGCUUAUUCAGAAAGACUGGUAAUGUGGCGAGGCAGCGUCUGCUGAAGGAGUGGCUGAACGAAGGGGUCGACCUAAUUCUUGACCAGGAGUCCUUCACCCCCCACGACUGUGCCACCGUCCUCAAGAACUACCUUUCAGAGCUCCCCGAUCCACUACUGACCGAGAGACACUACCAGGCCCAUCUUCAAGUAGUCGAAAUGAUGUCGCACGUUGUGUUGGAGACAGAGAAGACGAAGGCUCGCAGUAAGCAGAUAAAGGGACUACAGCUGCUGUUCCUGGCCCUGCCCCCCACCAACUGCCUCCUCCUGGAGUGUCUGAUUGACAUGUUACACAGGGUGUCCAGGAUAUCGGAGAACAUGAUGACGGCCCAGUCACUGGGGACAGUAUUUGCCCCGUGUCUGCUCUGUCCUAGAAAGAUGCCACCAGAAGAGUUGCAGGUUAUUUCUCCCAAGCUUAGCCAGGCCAUUUCCUUCAUGGUAGAAUGUGGAUCACAAAUAUUCAAAACUCCGAGAGAACUAGCAGCAGACAUUGCCAACUUUUGGCGGGAAAUGGAAACACCUAGCAAAGGCAAUCGAGUGAAAAGUGAUGGCGACCAUGGGAACUCUAGCUCAGCCCUGUACAGUUCAAAGAAAUAUGGGAGCACACAGGCAGUGAACACAGUGAUAUGUUUUGCUGAGAGAAAGACCUCUAGUGAUUCAGACUCGGGGACUGACACACAGGUCGCACUGGGUAAACUCUACGCUCACGUUCAAAUGAUGCCCAACUCGUCCAAAAAGAAGAAGUUACUCAAAAGGUUUAACCAGGCCAGUGGCACACAUCCUCAAAAGAAACAUUCAAGAAGCAAGACCCUAGGAGAACAAAUUAAGAAACAUUUUGGAAAUUUACACAAAAAUCACAAGAGGCGAGGCUCCAAUGAUGGCAGUAAGAUAACGCGAGGCCUUCCAUGGGGUACAACCAAAACAAUCAAUAUUGAUGAAAACGACAAUAUUCACCACGAUGAUGUGUUCAUCACAAAGACUCCUGAUGGGAAAACAAGGAUAGGUCUUAAUCAGCCGGGAAGCCCUGCUGUUCACAUAGUAGACCUGAGUAAAACUCCAACACAAAGCAGAAAAAUCCCACCAUCCAGAAAGAGGCUAAGUAGUGAAAGUAGUGAGGGGAGUCACCCCGAGAGCCGACCAUCCCCAGACAAGAUCCCCAAGGUUCCCUGUACGGAGAACGAGAUCCACUACCUGGCCAGUCUUCCUCAUGAACGCAGACACUGUCCCUGCACCCCGAAACAGCUCCACCACAAACCAGUCGCCAUGGUGUCGCCAAUGAGUCUUCAGUCUCCUAUAUCUGAGUCUGUCAAAAAGAUUCCUUAUAAAUCACAGAAGGCUAUCCACACCCCUCGCUCAAGAGCCCCCCUGCUAGUCAUCCAAUCUCCGACCAGUCUCUCGCGGGAGAGCGUGCUGUGAACAGAAACAUAGUGUUAUAUUUAGUGCUGAUCAAACAUUCCACAUCAAAGUCACAGAGAACCUGUACGACAGUGUAUAGAAAGUGCUGUGUAUAUUUUGUUUUAUUGUAUAUAGUCUAUAUGAAUAACUAAAUGUGUGACGAGGGACGCAAUACUCUCUUUACUGAUUAAUUGUAUAGAACACGAGUUAUAUGUUAACCCUCGGAGAAGUAUACAUGUACAUGGAUGUUACGUGCCAUUGAAUCCUAGCCAGGGCUUCAUUCACUAGCUCUGAUUGUGAUAAUUCCCCACCUUCCUCAUUGAAAAUGAUGGGUACCAAGAGAUUAUAGCUGUAUCUAGUGCUUAGUUCAAUGUCAUUGUGUACGUACUCUCAGACAAUCAAAUCUCAGUCAGAAAGCACUCAAAACUUAUAGCUCCCUUUCUUUAUAUUAGUGCUUUUGAAAGAUUUGUAUGAUUAAUUAUAAAAGGAACAAACUUUGUUUGGUUUUGGUAUGUAUUGUUUUGUAUCUUCAAUAUGGCCAAAAUAAAAUAUAUAGAUAAAUACUAUAAAGAUAUAGCGAGAUAUAAAUAAUACUACUUAUUCUUGAAUAUUGUCAAGUCUUCUGUUGUGUAAUAAAUCAUGAAACAACA